GUAGCAUUGGAAAGACUAAAUGGUGCAUCAUUAAGGAUGUUUUUCCCAGCACAGUACCACGUUGUCAUUGUCCAGUCAUGCAUAAAGAGCAGGGUUGAGCCAACACCGGGUGGUGGUAUGGUGACUGGCAGAGCGGGCAAAACCAGGAAGCUGAAGGUUUAAAAAAAAAAAAAAAUCCACGCUGCUCGCUGUGUGCUCAGGGAUCAAAGUUGCUCUGCAUUUUUCAUGAGUGCUGUAUCAAUGCGUUGAGUGCUGCACGUUGUCAACCAUACAUGUCCAUGUACGCACGGGGUAUGCCUGCAUGGCACUCCUUCCACACUGUGCUCAGUGACUAAUUUCAGCACGCCAUCAGAUUUUUAAUUGAAUGCUCCUCUCGUUUGUUCGGUCCGGCGGAUUGUUGUUUCUUGUAAUUUGUGGUUCGCGUUUGCGGGACAGCAUUUGCCCGAGCACUCCUCAAUGUCUGACCUGUUCACCAGUAACUGUCGCCGAGAUACAGUGUACAUGUAAUUGGAUGUGGUACAUGGAAUUGUGUCCUGUAAGAGUGCCUUACUGUUGAGAGGCGGCAAGAUGGCAAAAUCUGGGCGACAAGAGCUGGUUGGCUCAUGUAAAAGAUGCCAUCAACAUCUCGACCAAUUCAUCAAUAGCAUUCCCCUCCACGUCUCCGCACUCAUCCUCGUCCUGGCAGACUGCUUCAUCGUCGUGUCCGAGCUGCUCUUCUCCUACAACAUGAUCAUGAAUGUUCAAGCUGACGACAAGACAAUGGUGCUGUUGGCUCUGUCUUCGACUAGCCUGGCCAUCGUGUCUCUCUUUUUGCUUGAGGUCGUUGUCAGAAUAUUCAGCAUGGGUGCCCACUUUAGAAGGAGAAAAAUGGAGAUAUUUGACGUCGUCGUGGUCGUCGUGACCUUUGUCGCGGACCUGGUCUUCUUUGUCAUCCAUCUUCAGGAUGAGGGCACGAACACAUUCCCCUUUGCCCGAGCCUUCUCUUUUCUGGUGGCCCUGCGCCUGUGGAGGUGCUGGGGCAUCCUUCGCGGCGAGAAGAAGAGAGUACGGGAGGAGACGGCGUGCGAGUUGGAUAUGGAGAGGUACGCCCGGCGGCAGGCAGAGGCCCAGGCAGACGUACUGCAGGCACAGUGCGACCAGCAGCUGAAAGAGAUUGCCUAUCUGAGAGACUUCCUCCACCAGAAUAACCUGUACCCCGACACGACGAAGCUGGACUUCGUGCCAAACUACCGCACCAGUGCCUCCAUUUCCUCAAGUGCAAUUGACUAUGAGAAGGCCGACACGCUCCGAGUGAACGGCAAACUCAGCAAAGAUGCCUCUUUAGACAGCAUUGCCUCUUCUGCCAAGGAGCUGGCCACGUCACUCUCCUCUUCCCAGAACAUCUACAGUGAGCCCCCGACCUUGAGCAGCGGGCCCCUGAGCAGUUCGCCAGCCCCCUCGGUGUCCUCACACCACCGAGAUGAAGGGCCCACAAGCGAGGACUUCGCCUCGCGAACGUCCCGGGAGAUCGUCCAGGAGGCUGUGGCCGAGGUGCAGCAGAAAAUGUCCCCGUCAAAGCGUGGUGGGCUCUCAAAUGCCGGCUUCACUCCCGACGAAGAAGGCCAAUCCUCGAACGCAGGUGUGGCAGAGAGGAGGGGGGUGGAUGGGGAGGAAAACAGAGGGACGACAAAUUUGGCUUUCGAGGGGGACACUCCUGAACCGUGCAGCCCAGCUAACAGUGAGAAAACAGACUCGGAAGGGGAGAGCGAGGCCCAACUGCGGAUCGAGUUGGACGAGAUAAGGCGGCUGUCAGAAGAGGCUCUGCGAAACGAGCUGGCAUCGUCCAACACAACAGAGGUGGACGGGAUCCCCACGACUUCCCUGUGAUCAAGAACACAAAAGACAACAGUCACUCUAGCCAACCAAAGAUCAUGCGUUAAAAGGUAUUUAUUCAUUAAACAAAAAACAAGAGCACCAACCAAUUUGGUUAUUGAUGUAUGUGCCUGAAUUGUCUUGUGCAAGGUACCAGCCGACCAGUCGGCACACGCUGUAUUUGUCAAACUGCGGAUGUACAUGUACUUUGACCAGAGCUGCCAGUAUCGGCAAGAGUCUCUUUGUGAGAACGAGCCUUUAGCAGUACUCACGUGUGUUCCCGUUACACGUUCUCCUGUUGAGUUGGAACGUUUUAAGAUUCUGUCCGAAUGUUAUGUCAGUGGGUGCAGCGGACCCGCCGGUAAGGGGGUGCAGUGCCAGUGCAGCCCGCCCCGCCAGACAUCCUCCUCCGUUGCUGUCCUUGUAUGCAGCACUCUAGGCUUACCCCAAGAGGACUCCUUUGCACCGGGAAAGAUUCCUCUCUGACAUUUUGGCAUGUGGACCAUGCAGCACGUUUUCCUGAGGAAAGGAAAGACCACAGGGGCCGCAUGGGUCAUACGUCUGGCUGAGCUGCUGUAACCCUAACUCCGCAGGGGUGGCACGCCAACAUUUACAGGCUGCGGAAGGGAUUAGGUUCUGGCCGACGAGUUUCACGUUCCACAUGCAAGGCACCAUCUGAUGACUCGGAAUGAUCUCCCUCUGGGAUUCCUGUGAAUAUCAGCCAAUCAGGAAUGACGAAGUAUGCUCAGUCCAGACGAGCACUCUCUCACGACAUGUGCUGUUUAAAGAAACAAAGAUUACGUCCUUGACGUGAACACGCGGAGCAGUGAGCAACAGUAUCUCCAAACCUGCCCAGCACAGUUUUUUUUUUAAGUUCCCUCUGCUCUCCUUGAUUAGAAAAGCAUUAAAGAGUAAUAAUGGCCGUGUAUAGGUGCAGUGGCAAGAAUACUUUCAUGAGUUGAAAGAUGAAACAUUCCAUUCCACGAUUCUAAGCUGAGUGGAAUGGAACAUGUCAUCUGUCACCUCAUAAAAUUAUUGAAGGGAUAUUACCCUAACUCAGACACAGUCAAUGAAGGUGAUUCACAAUAGUGCGCCACCAAGAGUUUGCAACGCUUUGACUAAUCACAUCUUUCAAAUAGCUGUACAGGUUGCCGAGUUAUUUUGGUGAUGUUGCUUUGUUUUUGUGAGGCAGUCGGAGGAAUUUCUCUCUAAACAGUACUUGUAUAGGAAUUUCUAGUAAUGCCCAAUGACUAAGUGUAUUCUGUGGAGGGACAGUCUAUGUUACUUUUAAAAUUGUGGCUGAAGACUAGCCAGAAAUAAUACUCAAAAAGUGCGAUAACAGCCGAAGAAUGUGCAAAAUGAUAAGUGUUUUGGAACCGUCUUCUUGCUACAUGUACCGUUGGUUGCUACAUGUACCGUUGGUGUAGAGUUUGAAUAGUGUUACCUUGUGUUUAAAAUCAUUGUUGGUUUGGAUUCAGUUGGCUUGGUUAUUUGUUCCUGUAUAUUUGUUUUGGUUGCUGUUUGAAUAAUUUGGUGUUGUAGUCAGCAUGCAAUACUGCUAGUUCUUGCCUCUUAGAAUAAUCUAUGAUAUUUGUACAGUGAGCUGCUUGGGUUUUGGUCAGUCGUCCCUGGACCGUUAAAGCCGCUCUGUUUGUUUAAAACUUGAGGAAGGCGUGGGUGGAGUGGAGAUUCCAGUUCUCUCAUCCCCCUGCCUGCGUAUGCGUACUUAAAAGAUGCGCCAAAAAGUUGUUAAGCGCAUUGGGGAGGGUGGGAAUAAGGCCUGUGCAUUUUACAAAGAUCAUGAUCUCGAUCGGCGAUCCGACAGCUGGUUCGCACCAUCCAUUGGGCAGGUUCUGGCAUCAGUGAACCAAAGUCAGAUCUCUGAUUGCAAUCUGGAUCAGCACGAAAGAAACGGGCCCUGAAAAGGGGGGACAUCCAGGAAAGAGAAGAAAUUAUUCCUGGUGUCACAAAAGGGAAAGGCUUUCUGGAAUUGGACUGAAAGAAGGUAUUGCCAAUUAUGACAAGUCGAUCCUUUCAUGGAAACUAUUACAACAUGAAGUAACUGUUAACGGUAUCUUCUAACAAGGAGUUACAUGCAGCUUCUGUAUGGGGCAUUAUGUUCGCUGUCGGUGUGACAAGUAUGUGAGCUCGGAAUGUCAAAGAGUUUGUGUGACAUUUUGGGGAGGUCAUAAAAAUCCCGCUCGAAAUUUGCAAAGUGAAAUGGGGGGGAGUUGAGUAUGUGUGAAGGCCUCUUGUUAGUUGGUGCAAAAACAUGCUCUCAAACAAUAGAGAGAACGAAGCGAUUGCUUCAUUAGAACGGUAACCGAAAUGAAAACGAUCAGUUGUGUCUUGGCUGAGUGCAAGAGUAUACUUUAAAGUAUUCAUCCGUUUUUCCUUGCAUUUUGAGAAUUUAGAUUGAAAUAUUGUAUGAUUCAUUCCGAUUCAGGCACUUCAAAAGUUGAAUUCAUUGGAUUUGUAUUUCAAGUGUUGCUGAUGUUCUUUCUACCCCCCCCCCCCGAAAGUGCUCGUUGUGGGGGUAGAAAUCAUUUGGCAUAUUGAAAGGAAACGAUACAUUUAGUUUUCAGUGUCGUUGUAUUCAGUGAUCUGUAACUAUGUUUUUGUUUGGGUUGUACUGGUGUGGUGCUUUUCUUUUGGGGGGACUGAGUUCAGAUGACUGAAGGCUGGUUCAUUACUUAAGGUGAAUGCGAAAGAGCAACGAAUUUUAACACUGCGUGAAACAUUUUGCUGGAGUUGAAAUGUGUCCAUCUGUUGCAAAUUUGCAACACAAAUAUGCUAAUCUCUCGUCAGAGUUUCGCGUUUAUGUUCGUUAAUAUGCACUGAGUAUGAACCAGCCUCCACAGCAUCAUUUUUAUAGUGAUGCGUUGUAGGACUGUCCAAUAUUUGUAGUAGUUUAUCAGUAUGUUAAUGAUUAAAUUCUUUGUAAUUUGGUCGUUCGGAAGUUUUCGUCCAUUUUGAGGGCGUUAAGCUGCUAGAAACCAUCGAUGAUUCCGUGACUGCGCUGCGCCCAGUUGUUAGUUCUGCUCAUGGGGUAUAUUCUUACACAAUAAGUAAAGCUAUUGUGAAAUAUUUGUAUAAAUUUGCUUGUUUAUAAUGAAAACUUCACUGUGAAAUGAAAUGCAAACAGAAUAAUUUAUGUCCAAUCUAGGAGUAUUUAAUUCAGCCGAAUUUUAUAAUUACGGAAAUGAAAGGUUUAUUGCAUAUAGAAAAAACUAAAUGUAAAUAUUAUUAUUGUUAUUAGACAAGGUGUGUGCAAGAUUAAGCAAAUUGUACUUGUAAAUGCGCAGGAGCAAAGAUUGAAUAAUUCAUAAAUGUACAGUGCACUCGUAAGGUGGCUGAUCAAUAAUAAUAAUGUUGCGAAAUGAGAAAAAGAAGCAAGGUUCGUAAACUUUGUGUGUGUUUGCUUGAAGAGACUUUUGUGGUAAAUAUAUUCCUUAUGAAGUUUUGAUUUUUUUCUUUUCCUUUUCUUUCCUUUUUUGCCCCAUGUCAGAACUUGACCCACUCAUGUAUGCUUGACUGUGGUUGAGGUGUUCGCAAGAGGCCACCUUAGGAUCAUUUUUUUUUUAAGGAUUACAAGUACAUGUACGAUGGUUUUCGAUGAUAUUUUCUUUGUAUGUACAGUACAUAUUUGUUGGAGUGUUGUUGUUUGUUUCGUUUGUUGGGUGUGUAUUUGUUCUGUUUGUUGAUAUAGCACCACACUCAAUGGGGUGCGCAUGUGGUACACUGGUGUAAUUGACCUUAGCAACUGACUAGUUCUCUUCGGCCAUUGACUAGUUCUAUUUGGCAGUUGAAUCUCAAACUAAAAGUCAUGUUCAUUUUUGUUUGUUUUGAAAGUUAUAUUGUAUGUGGAUGCUGUCCCAAAGUUGUGGUGUGCUGCAGACGAAGCCAUAUAGUCUUUGUUCAACACUUUUAUAGACUGUCGACGUUUUUGUCUAAUUUAUGAAGUAUUGCACCCUCCUGUGACUGGUUUUUGACAACUCAAAAAUGUGAGGUUGUGUCUGAAUAAGCCAUGGCCAUUCCUAACAGCUGGAUAAGCCAUAAGUACAUUGCUUUUAUUAGUACCCGUGUUGUUACUAGCUGUGGGGGGAAGGGAUGCAAGCGAUCGUACACCCGUUUCAGACGCGUUCUAGAGUCGCGUCGAACCAAAUUAGAAGUAAAUUCUGGAUUAAGUACAGCAAAACUUCGACGUGUGAAACAAUAUAGGAGCAACCAGGCAUUCUAGCAGGUGAAAGAUCGAAACUUGAAGGCGCUCGGAACGACAUCAGAGAUAACUUGGAUUCAGAAGUCGCUCUUUUCAUGGACCAAACCCAGUGCAUAUAUAUGUAUUAAGUUCGUCUGUCUGAAACCAAAAUUUAAUUGGUUGACCUGCGUCGAUCGUAAUUCUAUUUGGUUGGGUGCGACCCUAGAACGCAGUCUAGGGUAACAGUCUAGUACCAGGGGGAACGGUUGAAACCACUAAUCUUUAUGGAAAAAUUGUUGUUUUUUGUAUUAUAUGUCGUUAACAGUGAAAUCACUGUCCUCAAUAUCACUCAGUCCACGAAUAACAGAUUUGUAAUGAAUGAUUUUUGAAUGAUAGCAGUGGUCAAGACUGGUUCCUUUAGCCUACACACGUGGCGGGAUUGGGAACCAGUGCGUAGCAUCACUCUUUCGAACAACUUGGAACUGACCGAGUUAUUCACAUAUCUAUUAUUUUUACAAUGAGAUCAGUGGUCCAGAACAAAAAAUGUUCUGGUUGUGCUCACGUGGAACAAAGGGCGCGUAGAUCCUUCUUUGAUCUCCAGCGUCUUGUAUCAAGACUACAUGUACAUCUUAAUGCCAAUCUCAUGGCUGCCAACUUUGACCUGUUAGUCUGACAAGACGAAUCUGCCGGCUAAGUUGGGAGAACAAUACGCCCUGUCUAGGUCGCCAAUCCACGUAUUAUUCGUUGUUUUUACGAGCACACCCCCCCAAUGAUGAAGUUGUUACAAAUACAUCAGCCUUUGCCGUAAUUACAUUUUACAUUUUUUUCGGGGGGGGUUCUUGUUUAUGUGGGUUUACUUUUCGUGACGUUGCGAAACGCAUGUGCAAAUCUCGUGCUCAGAGUAGUUUGCAGCCCUUAAAUGUUGAGAUUUGUUUUCAGAAAGAAAAUACCAGUACAGUGACAAUUCCAAAAACUAUAAGGUUGGAAUGAUUUCUCGUGAGAAAUUGUUAUUGCAGUGUUGCCUUAUUACUGAAAAAUAAAUUGAUUGAAACUGC